AAUUCUCAAUGUAAAGUAAGUGACUUAAGUCACUCUUUGCUUAAACUGGAACGACGUGUAAGAUCAUUGGAACAACCAGUAUGGAUUAUUUCUGAUGAGAAUGAGCGUUGGUUCCGAUGCGUUGAAGGUCCAUGCAAAUGUCGACCGGAAACGAAAAGCCUCAACUGUUGGAAUGCGCAAAUGUCUAAUCUGCCAUCAAAACAAAUAAUUCCACAUGAUAUACGAACAAUAGACUUAGGAAUCAAUCGAUUGAGCACCCUGAAUAAAAAAGCCUUUCAAAUUUUAGCGCACUUGAACGAAAUUGAUCUAUUCGACAACGAUAUUGAUUAUCUACCCGAAAAUAUUUUCGAUAACUUGGAUAAUUUGCUUUAUCUAAAGCUACACAAAAACAAAAUCGAAGAAUUGGCAAAUAACACCUUUCAAAAACUGCGUAAUCUCCUAAGUGUUGAUUUGUCACAUAAUCAUUUACAAACACUUCCUGGAGAUCUCUUCGCCGGAAGUUUAAACCUGAUUGUUGUUCAUCUUUCUGGAAAUCGAUUACAAAAUCUCCCUGUGAAUGUUUUCACUGAUUUACGCGCAGUGGAAGAUUUAGAUCUGAGUGAAAAUGCAUUGUAUAAUUUAGAUGCGCAGAUAUUCAAUGACCUUGAAAGUUUAAAAACUUUAAAAUUGGCUGAGAAUUCUCUGGUUGAAUUGCCAUCGAAAAUUUUUUAUAAUCUACACAAUCUAGAACAGCUCACGCUGCGACGAAACAAAUUACAAACAUUAUCACGGCGACUGUUUAUCAAUUUACAACAAUUACGAAUACUUAAUUUAGCUGCCAAUCAGUUGAGUCAUAUACACGCACUCGACUUUGUUAAUUUGGCGAAUUUAGUUGAGUUGCAUCUAGAACAAAAUUUUAUCGCGCAUAUUCCAGAGGAUAUCUUUAAAGGGACACCUGCUUUACAGAAGUUAUUGUUGUAUUCGAAUAAUUUAGAAGCAAUUGAAGAGAAAUCUCUUAAUGGAUUGCACAAUUUAACUUCUUUGUUGGUUAAUAAUAAUUUAUUGAAGUCUUUGGAUGCAGGGGUGUUUGAAUCGACACCACGAUUGCAGAAAUUGCAUUUGGAUAGUAAUAAGUUUCAGUUUUUACCGGCUAAGAUUUUUGAUCAGUUGAAAGAACUACAGUCGAUUAAAUUGACGAAAAAUCCUUGGCAUUGUGAUUGCAGUAUUCUUUAUUUGUCACUCUGGCUUCAUGAUAACAAAAAUACCAUCUGGGACACCCAACCAACGUGCCGUGGUCCAGGAGACUUAGGCGGAGCACUCCUGGUAAACAUGAACUUCAACACCCUUUGCGAUGGUCAAUGGGCCAGUAUGCUCAACCAUGCACCGCGAGUAUCCCUGCGUAAUAACGUCAACAUAUUCAACAAUCGCACAAACGUCACCGAAUCAAACGUCGAAAACGAAGAGACUCCCAAUCCGUAAACAUGGUGGACGAAACGCCCAAAACCCUCACAGCCGACACCAGCAAACUGAAACGCAUGUCCUAUGAAACCAACGACUCAGCAUCAGAUUUCACCACCACCAACGAACCCGACCAGCACGGACGUCCAAGCGCAGGCACGUCAAUCACAACACUAAGAGUCCGAAUCAUCAAAGAUGAUAACACCUCAGACACUUCGAAAUCAAACACAGAAAAUGUACCCAAAGUGUAAUCUAUAAUCUAUAAUAAAAUAUAACGUUGAUUUGUAUGCCCAAAUGCCAAAUUUGACGCAAAAUAAGUCAUCUAUGACUGAUUGUUAGUAUGCUUUAAAAAUUCCAGUGAAUUUGAAGAUGUUUCUGAAUUGUGGUGAUGUACCUAUCUAUUUCAUGGUUGCACGCUAGCGAUCAACCACAGUGACGAUGGUGACUUGACUUGAGUAAUGCCGAUCGCACUGCUGCUAGUAUUCUUCAUUCUGUUUCUAAUCUGGCUGGUCAUGGAGCAUUUCGACGCCAAGAUAAAACAGAAUGCGGCCAGGCGACCCGCUCAAAGAGAAGCAAGACACACAUCCAUUCAACGCGCCGAAACCCCAAUCAUAAUGAAAAACACUAAACAGUCCAGAUUCAAUUCAAGUCAAAAUGUAAUAUUCAAUUAUGAACCGUCAUAUUCUCAUCACGCGCAAAAAUCGAAAUUCUUAUCUGGUAAAAUCAAGGAAAAUAUAGAAAUCAAAGAAGAUACACACGAAAAAGAAUCGCAAGUUACUCCAAUUGAUAGCAGUCAAUCGACCCAAAGUCCAAACAGACCCACGAAACAAAUCGUUUUCAAGUCGAUGUCCAACGAGCGAUCAUUACCAGCGCCCAAAAUACAACGACGUCCAACUGGUUUCUCUUACAACCCACCACCACCUUCCGAUGAAAGCGAUAUCUGCAUAAAUACAAAUAUAGGCAAGGAUUCUACAAAAUCAAUCGAUGAUCAAGUCAUUUCACGUCCUUCGUUAACAAAUACAGUGUUACCAUUGGACGAACGCGAAGCGUCUGCUGAAUCUGUAGAUGACAAAGCGCGGCGUGGAAAACGUCACGGGAAACCACUCACCAAAUAUCAUAAAUAAUAUUUGUACAUGCCAAUAUACAAUUCUAUCAAUAUCUAUACAUA